AUGGCUGCCCAGUCCUCCGACGUCGAGAUUCUCGUUCACGUAGCCGCACCGAGCCGCCUCUCCGACGACGCCACGUACAGGCGACUCGCGCACGCCUACCUGGCUUUCCAGCCCGACCCGGAUACGACGUUCGGCAUCGUGCCCGGCCCGCCGUCCCCGCCGUCCGAUAAUCUCGACGCGCCGCUCGCGGCACAGCGAUUUCGGGCCGAAUGCGAAUGCCCCGGGGCGGCCGAGUCCUCAACCCCGGCCCGCCUGGUGCCGGCUGCGCAGCUCUCUUUCGGGCCCGACUCGCAGGAUCUCAGCUUCCAGAGCGCCAUUGACAACAACUCCUCGCCCCGGCUUCGCCCCUCUGCGCCUGCUGCUGCGCCUGCUGCUGCUGCCGCCGCCGCCGCCGCCACCACCACCAUCACCACCACCACGACAAGGGCUGUCGAGGCAGAGGCCGCGGCGCUGUCGCAGUCGUCGUGGCAGACGCCGCCGAGCCAAGUGCCAGACUCCUACCCCCUGCCUGGCGCGAGCAUCAUCACCGUCUCCCCCGCCAGGGUUCUCCAGCGCUUCCUCCAGCAACCCCUUGCAGCCGGCUCCCUCUCACGCGAGGACCACGACGACGACGGCGUAGACCAGCCAUCCCCAGGUGCCAGCAUUGCAGUCCUCGACAUUCCCUCUUCUCUCGCCCUCUCUGCAGUCAAGCAAGCCGCCCCCGCCCACGGCCAGCAGGAACCCGAGCAGCAUCUGGCGGCCGACGUCAUCCCCGUCACACCCGUUGCCAUCCCCCCAGGCGGUUUGCGCAAGAGGGAAGCCUCGCCAUCUCAGCACGAGCAGCACGCGGAGCUGAGCUGCCUCGACGUCACGCACAUCUCCUGCAGCUUCGCCAGUCAACAACCGUCGUCCCCUCCCCGCGCCGCAGCGGCAUCAGAACCGCCUGCAAACAAGAUCCCCAAACGCUCACACCACGCAGUCCAAGACGACGCCGACGCCGCCGACGCCGCCGCACACCCUCUCCGCGUCUUGACCGACGGCGAUGCCGUGCUUCUCGAGUCGUCGUACCCCUCUGCCGCUGGCUCGGCAGCCAACUCUCUGCGCAUAACGCCGCCGUCGCCACCAGCAUCCGUCGCCGACAUGGACCCGGCGUCGUUGGUGUCGCCGAAGCUGGACAAGCUGGCUCGUGACCUCUCCUCCAGAUACAGGCCGGUCGCGCGCCGCCACAUUGAUCCCUUCGAGAGGGGGUUCUGGCUGGUCGACUGCACCUCGUGGACCGACACCGUCCGCCACGACACGUGGCUAUUUCUCGCGACGUACCUGCACAGCGGCCGCGCGGGAUGGGGCGUCUGGUGUCGGCGAGACGACCGGCAUCACUGGAUCCGCCUGUACUGCUGGGGCCAUCUGGCAAAGCACACGUACCUGCUGCUGUACCUGGCGAGCGGGAGGCAGAUCAAGGCCGCGGGGGCAAAAUGGCUCGAUUCCGGCGGUGAUGUCGUACUUGAGGCUGGCGGCGCUGCAUAG